AGAGGUUGUAGUCUCACGGACUUGAAGAAACACAACUCUGUCUCUCCAAAACUUUUCUCUUUCAUUCAUAUUUCAUCACACAACAACAAUACUAGCAAGUAUUUGUUUGAGAAACAUAGGAUUACGAGUUUUUGAUUCCUUACCUUUUUUUUGUUUUUUAGACCAUAUGGUAUUUCCCUUUAUUGUCCACAAACCUUUUUAACCCUCACGCUUACACUAAAUCCUUUUUAGCUCUUCUUUCUUUCUUAGAGGUUUCACUUUGUUAAAAGGGUUUUGCUUUGUUAUCACCUUCAAAGCUUUGUGCUCCGUUUCUGUGAAGCUUGUGGUGCUCCUUCUACUUUCUUCUUUUCUUUUUGCCCCCUUUAACUCUAUAUAUUCCAUCUUUUAACGAACCUUGCUCCUCUUUUUGUCAGAUGUCUUUGGUUCUCUCCUUCUCUUUCAAGCUUCCCUUUGACUAUUCCUUUCCUUUUUAAUACCUUGGCGCAGUGCCACUCUCAAAACAUUGUCAUCCUUUUUCUGAAUUUUUACUAUGGAUCAUCACAGUUCGCUUUGUCCGAUCAAAUAUACCGAACACAAGAGAACAAUCAGAAAAGUUACUAAGCCUUCCGUUAUUAAGCCUAAGAAGGUAUCAGAUGUUCGGAAAUCCUCGGAGUAUAAUCCGAGGACUGUACGGAUAUGUGUUACUGAUCCAGAUGCAACUGACUCUUCAAGUGAUGAAGAUGAGCUUUUUGGGCGUAAGCGUGUGAAAAGAUACAUUAGUGAAAUCAGUAUUGAGAGUCCAUCAGUUAAUGAUGUGAAAACUUUGAGUAGUGGUAAUGGGAAGAAGCGAGUAGCUGAAGGUUCGCAGGCGAAGCAGAAGGCGUUGAAAGGGAAGGAAGUGGCUGAUAAAACGGUUCGGAAGUUCAGGGGAGUGCGUCAACGGCCGUGGGGUAAAUGGGCUGCUGAAAUCAGAGACCCAGCGCGUCGCGUUAGGCUCUGGUUAGGUACUUAUGAUACUGCUGAAGAAGCUGCUAUGGUUUAUGAUAAUGCAGCUAUUAAGCUCCGUGGACCAGAUGCUUUAACUAAUUUCAUCACUCCUCCAAUAAAAGAGAAGCCGGAAGUGAAUGUGGCUUCGAAUUCGGGGUACGAAUCUGGUGAUGAAUCACACAAUCUUUCUUCUCCUACCUCUGUUUUGCGGUUCAGAAGUAGCGAAUCCAGUGAAGAAGCAGAACCCGGUCUCGAAGACAUAAAAGAAAAUUGCACAGUAUUGGUGGAAGAAGAACCAAACAGUGAGCACCUUGAGUGCCAAGGCGAGACACUUACAGUCAUACCAGACUAUUCAAAUGACUACUUACCCACAGACGUUUCCUUCUUAGACGAUUAUUUCAACUUUGCAGAUGCAGAACAGUCACUGUUUAAUGACACAACAAGUUUCACCAAUGAUGAUUUGUUUUCGUCUUGGGAUUUCACAAAUGACUCUGUGUUAGACCCAGAGAUCUGCAAAUUUGAUGAUUCAUUUCUAGACUUGGGUGCAUUAGAAGUGGAUAAUUAUUUCAAAGACAUUGGAGAUUUUUCCAGUGUUGAUGUACUAAUGGCGUUAUAGUUUUCCAAUCUACCAUUCAUUGUCAAUUUUGUCUACCGGCGACAAUGAGAAAUCAUCGACUAGUAUAAAGUUGUUUGUUUUUUAUUCUCCGUUUUAAAGUUAACGGAGUGAAAUAGUAGAUUGUUAUUUUGAUAAUAAGUAGUGAGGCCCCUUUUCAAUGUAGUAGUAGUAAUGCUUUUACAUGAACUAAAUAGGAGAUGCUUAAUGUUCGCUGAAAUUUGUGUAUCUAUCUAUGCCUUCAGAAUCUAGUCUUCUUUUUUCUCCCA